AUCUACUUGUUUAAACGAUUAUUGUUGCGGAUUUUGGUGUGGAAUUGCGAUUUUUAAGUUCUACUUGAUGUGAUUAUUCAUGCGAUUGGUUUUAUGCGGUUGUUAUUGUUUGUUUCAUGAAUUCAACUUAUUUUUUCUUUAUCUCAUAUAUGUUAUUUCAUGUUUUUAGGGAUAAUUUACAUGCUAUAAACUUAUGAUUCGAAUUUCUGGUAUAACUUCUUAAUUCAUGUUUGUUUCAUGGAACUAAAUGAUAAAUAAAUUUAUGUUACAAUUUGUAGAUGCGCAUAUUUGUGUUCACUUCUUCUUGUUUAAUUUCAUCAGAUGAAUUUUUCAAGUGUUGUGGCCGGAAAUCAGGGAUGAAUGACCGGUUAUCCCCGGGCCCAGGGCGGCCGCCCCUCUUGCCCUGGCUCAGGGACGGGUCUGUCUGUUAUGUAUGCGUAUAGGACAAUUGAUGCUAUUGUAAAUUGGCUCCAAAAUAUGAGGACUUUAAGACUGGCCGUUUAAGAUCAGAAGUUCAUGUCUUCAAGUGGCAUAUCUAAUGAUGCUGAAGAAUCAUUCAUGACGGAGGUUGUAAACUUUUUUGACACUGCGCCUCCUCUCAAGGACCAUUCUCUCAUAAGCAAAAAGUUAAGGGAAUUUAUUGAGCACAAUUCUCAUGCAUCCAGGAACGGAUCAUCUAUGAGGAAGAUUGUAUGCAUUACCUCUGGUGGCACAACUGUUCCCCUUGAGCAAAGAUGUGUUCGUUAUAUAGAUAACUUCAGUUCAGGCCACAGAGGGGCUGCAUCAACAGAGUACUUUCUCAAGGCUGGAUAUGCAGUUAUCUUCCUCCACCGAAGAGGAACUUGCCAGCCAUACUGUAGAUCUCUUCCUGAUGACCCUUUGCUUGAAUGUUUCGAAUCGGUUAGUGACUCAAAUAUUCAAGUGCAGCAAUCACAAGCUGAGGCAGUAAUGAAGGCAGUCACUAAUCACCAUGCUGCACUGACAGCUGGGAUCUUGUUAAAACUUCAAUUCACAACCAUAUUUGAGUAUCUUCAGCUGCUGCAGAUGAUUGCAAUUGCAGUAAGCGAUCUUGGGCCACAUGCUAUGUUCUAUCUUGCUGCUGCUGUCUCAGAUUUCUACGUCCCUUGGAAUAGCAUGGCAGAACAUAAAAUUCAGUCUGCAGCAGGACCCCUGGAUAUGCGUCUCGCUCAAGUGCCAAAGAUGUUGUCUAUGCUGAGAAAGGACUGGGCUCCUCUAGCAUUUUGCAUAUCCUUUAAGUUAGAAACAGAUUCUCAAAUUCUUCUUGAGAAAGCUUCUUCGGCACUUAAGAAGUACAAUAUGCAUGCUGUGGUAGCAAAUGAACUUGCUACUCGCAAAGAGGAGGUCACAGUUGUUACUAUUCAUGGUAAUGCUUGUAUUCGUCGUGAAGCUGGGGAUGACAUAGAGAAUCCACUCAUACAACUUCUUGCGGAGAAGCAUAGAGUUCAUAUUGAGGCUAACAUGCAAAGUCAUCAAUGAUCAAUUGAUGUAUUGCCCAAUGACCUCAGAUUAUAGUAUUUUUUCAACUUUGUUCCGACAUUAGCGUUCCUGCUGUUUAGACCGCAUAACAUUUGUUUGAGAUGAUAUGGCACAGUACUAUGAACCAAUAAUACUUUGACCAGUUAUGCUGCUUAUACUCGGGAAUUAUAACCAUUUGAAAGUGGUUCAGAAAGUGACUAGUUUUGUUGUAUACUUGCAUUAGAUGUUGCUUUCUUUGAGCUCA